ACCUAUUUGUCCAAGUUAGUAAUAAAGGCCUGUGGAAACAUGAAGAGGGUAAACAGCUGUGUGAAGAGUGAUGAGCAUGUCCUGGAGGAACUGGAAACAGAAGGGGAGAGGCAGCUGAAAAGCCUCCUUCAACAUCAACUUGAUACUUCUGUCUCCAUUGAAGAAUGUGUCUCUAAGAAAGAGAGCUUUGCCCCUGGUACUAUGUACAAACCUUUUGGAAAGGAAGCAGCUGGAACUAUGACUUUGUCCCAGUUCCAGACACUACAUGAAAAGGACCAAGAAACUGCUUCUCUCAGGGAACUAGGACUCAAUGAAACAGAAAUCUUAAUCUGGAAGAGCCAUGUUUCAGGUGAAAAGAGGACAAGGCUGAGGGCAACUCCUGAAGCAAUACAGAACCGUCUUCAAGAUAUUGAAGAAAGGAUCUCUGAGCGUCAGCGUAUUCUUCGCCUGCCACAGAGAUUUUCAAAGAGCAAACAGCUGACUCGGCGAGAAAUGGAAAUAGAAAAGUCUUUAUUUCAGGGAGCUGAUCGUCACUCCUUUCUUAAGGCUCUUUAUUAUCAAGCAUACCACAAAAAGCCAAGUGCAGACAAGUACAUGACCUCAAUGAAGAGGAAGAUAAAAUUAGGCACAAAAGAUGAACCCCCAAAGAAGAACAAAGGUGAUCCCAUGAACAACCUGGAAAGUUUUUACCAAGAGAUGAUAAUGAAAAAACGUCUUGAAGAGUUCCAACUUAUAAGAGGUGAACCCUUUGCUUCCCACUCACUGGUCUCAGCCACAUCAGUGGGUGAUAGUGACACAGCUGAGAACCCGUCACUACUCCAGGACAAGGGAAAACAGGCAGCACAGGGUAAAGGUCCCAGUCUCCAUGUGACAAAAGUUAUUGAUUUUUCACCUGAGCAAUGUUGGACUGGGCCUAAGAAGCUGACGCAGCCAAUAGAAUUUGUCCCAGAAGAUGAGAUCCAGAGAAAUCGUUUGUCAGAGGAAGAGAUCCGAAAAAUUCCUAUGUUUUCUUCAUAUAAUCCAGGGGAACCAAACAAGGUGUUAUACCUGAAGAAUCUUAGCCCCCGCGUGAGUGAAAGAGAUCUUGUGUCAUUAUUUGCUCGGUUCCAAGAGAAAAAGGGACCUCCGAUUCAAUUCCAAAUGAUGACUGGACGAAUGAGGGGACAGGCUUUCAUCACAUUUCCCAAUGUGGAGAUAGCACAGCAAGCACUGUAUCUAGUAAAUGGAUAUAAACUGCAUGGGAAAAUAUUGGUGAUAGAGUUUGGAAAGAAUAAAAAACAACAGUCAGAUCUCCAGGCUGCUUCUUCCAUAUCAUCUACUACACAUAGUAGUACAGAAAUCAGUGGUAGCUAGGGAAAUAUAUAUAUA